AUGCUGCGACAGCAUAGUCCUGAUGGCAUGGCUGGUAAGACGCGUGUUUCCAGCAUCACAUGGGAGGAUGAGUUGCUUUUGCGAGGUGUGCGUCUUGACAGUGAUUUGGUGCCUCAUCUUCAAACAACGCUCUCAUCCCCACAUAAUCGCAGUGAACACGGCGCAACAACUCCAGCAGGCUCCAGUGCAAUUCUCGCAAUGGUAAAUGCUGGAGGGAGUUGUACCAGCAGUCCGCGCUCGGAGGUACGGAUGAAAAAUGUCAGCCCCCUGCGUGAUCUCAGCGCAAAACUUCGAGGAAAGGAUUCAGCGGCGUCCACAUGUGACGAGUGUGGUGUUGGGUAUUCAUCCGACAGCGGGUUAUCGAACACGUGGGUACGUUACGGUCCCAAUGCAAUGAGCUCACCGCGUGUCGUCGUUCCGUCGUUGUUACCACUUCCCCAAAACAUCACACCACCCCCACGAGGAGGGAAAGAUAUUAGCCAUAAUUGUGCCCUUCCCCCUUUAGGCGCAGAGGGACAGAAAUCAAGUGGUCGCAGCACAGCACCUCUUAGUAGAACCGGUCAUGAGCAACCUGGCAACUCACCAGCUCCAAAGCUUAGCAGUAGCACAAUUGCCAUUCGGGAUACGGAGGCGACACUUGUGUUGAGGACAAAUACACCACUUUCAUGUGGAAGGAAAGAAAAGAAACUCAGUCUCGGCGGUACUGGAAAAAGUUGCAGCAAUGAUGGACGAAGUAUUGCGACACCCUCGAAGACAACAAUAAAGCGGGCGAUGACGCCAUUGAGCAAACAAACCACUUCAACAAGUUGUGAGAGGUCUAGUAGUCAAGGGAAUGGUAGGCGAUGCGAGUCUGGGCGUUCCUCCAUACAAGCCAAUGGGCUACAAGUUUUAGAUCCUAUUGGUAGUCGAAGGGAUGACUAG